GAUUCGUCUGCUGGCGGUCAUCUUCCUUUGGUCCUCCGGCGGCGUCCUGUACUUGUUCUUUGACGUGUUCCGCAACCGGGACAGUUUGAUGGCCUUGGGAGACAGCUUACGGACUCAAAAGCUGCUGGCCAAGAAGGAGUCAUUGAAGAGUCGCUUGGACAACCCCAGUCUCCGACGAGAGUUGCGCGAGAUGCAGCUGGCUCUCUUUGAAGCGCUGCUCACUGGUUCUGAGGCCGCCACAAAGAAGAUUUUCCAGGACAUGAAGGGCCUGUCUCAAGCAGAGGCAUCGCGCUUGGGCCUUUGGUUCGUGGAUCAGCGCAAGGCUUAUGAGGAUGAGGACGGUGGCGCGCGCAUGCAGAAGUUGUCGACUAUCCCAUCUGAGCAGAGAGGUCAGGCAGUACAGCCGCCUCUGGAAGACAGCUAUGCUCGCAGUUCAGAUUUGGCAGUGAAUGCUUUGAGCGCGAAAGCAAGCUGGCUACGCAGGGAUUUCAGCAGGCAGUUGAGUGAUAUGGUGAAAGCCUUGAACGACAUCAAGCUCGAAGACGUGCGCAAAUUCGAUGAAAAGCUCAAACUGGAUCCUUCAACGCAUAAAUUGCAACCUGAAGCCGGCGCGGUUGAACACGGCAAGCACCUGGGCCUGUUGGUUGCCUCAGUCAAGAGCAAGGAGCGGGCCCUGGCGAAGGUCAACACCGAUUAUCAGGAAGAUUUCGAGACAGGAACCAAAACCGAGCAACCUUUGGCACGAUAUGUAUGUGACUUCUUGCGUGCUACCAUCUACGCAUCGGACCCCUUUGCGCUCGCCAUUGCGUUCCACGCUUUUCAGGAGAGGUUCAACACCAAGAUUGUCCGCGUCAAGAACAAGUUUGCGGACUCGGAGCCAAAGCUCAAAGAUGAGGAGCGCACGAACAUCCUCGUCAACCUUUGGGUGGAGGCAGGCAACAUGAGGCAGAUUGGCGAAGUUCAGUUCCUGUUGCAGGAGUAUCUGACAGCGAAGUCGUUGCAGCACUUGUACUAUGACGUGGCACGUGCAAAAGCAGCUAGUGAGCUCUUCGACAAGCCAAUCUUUGACUAG